AGAAACAAAAUUUGAUGGAACAGGAAGACGAAGGCAGGGAGUACGAGGGAGAGGCUAAAGAAUACCCGACCCCUAAAUCUUCGUCGAUUUUCGAAGACACGACACGAGCGUUGACACAGUCGGAAGCUGGAGAGUGUCUUCAUACUUUAGGAAAAUGCGAUUCUGGCCUCGGUUACGCUUAUUUGGGCCUGAACGCAUCUAACAAGGGUUUGACAGACAUUAGGAUCAUACCGAUGUUCAAAUAUGUACUUUACGUGAACGUUUCGGGAAACAGAUUGACGACCGAAGCUCUCAACGUUCUGUCGUCAAUGAAAUAUCUUCUGAUGCUUCAAGCUGACAAGAAUCAAGUGUCGUCCGCUGAACUGGAACCUCUACCUUACCUUCAGGUACUCACGUUGAACAAGAAUAAAUUAACCAGCACGUCGGGGAUUUCCCACAGGCUCUUAGAGUGCCUUGAACUAAAUCAUAACAAUAUUCAAGAAGUGACUUUGAACCCUUACGAUCUCGAGAAUCUAAAGACACUCGAACUUCGUGGAAACAUACUCACGUCGACGAACGGAAUAUUCUUUCCAGGAUUGACACGUUUGUACCUUGCCGAGAAUCAGAUAGAAAAAUUGGAGGGUCUGGAGAUAUUAGUUAAUUUAAAGAUUCUACAUUUGCGUAGCAACAAAAUAUCGAAUUUAGACGGCUUCGACGCGCGAUGCGGCAAGUUAAAUUAUUUAAAUCUCCGCAACAACGAGAUGUCGAAAAUCUCAGAAUUGGAGAAACUAAGUUGCUUGUCGGCGUUGGAAACUCUUAUCAUUUUAGAGAAUCCUAUCGUUGGCGAUAUCGAAGAGGACGAGGAAGUGGCUUAUAGGCGAAUAGUCUUGGCUAUGCUGCCUCAUCUGAUAAGACUGGAUAAAAAUCCAGUGCUCUACCAGGAGAGGAGAGACGCUAAAGAAUUUCACAGACAAAUGCUCCGCGAUGGUACGACGUUCGCGGAUUUGGAUGUUGAUCCUAUAAAUACGGGUUGACGAAAAUUCAGUUUACCAAACAGAUUAUACAGAUAAUAUCGAUAAAUGUUAUAUCGA